GUCGGAAGUUGUGUUGUAGUUUCUGAAAUGGUGGCGUGUAUUUAGCAGUCACUUUUCCUUCUUUGUUGCUAAGUAAAAGCAAUGAAUUCAUCGAGUUGUAACGGAUGUAAUGCAAUUACUUCUUACCACAUGAGAGCUUUAAACAAUAGUUUGUACGAGCAAAAUCCAAGAAGUCAGUAAUAUCAGUUCUUUAUGCGGAAAAAAAUAAGGCUUUUAUUUCAGCACUUUUCCCUUGAAUGCGACCGAAAGUCGCCAAAAAAAAUCGAAACGUGGCACAAACGGUUACCAAUUAGGUACGAAAAAAGAGACAUGUUGAAGUCAUUGCAUGGUGUGAAAAGGGUUUCCUACUUUGUCCCUAUUGGGAUAAAAAAGCAACUCCGUGAAUUCCGUUUUUAAGCGGUUGAUAUGUCGUCUACUCUCUCAUCAAAUUCUAUCUGCAAUUCUCUAUAAAUUCAGUACAUGAGAAGAAGCAAACUUCAUUUCAGUUAUAACUCUUCUAUUUGCUUCGCACAAAUUAUUCUUGCCGAAAAAAAAAUCGUUUUAUUCCAAAUGGCACCCGAGCUUUUCAUUCCAUGUACAAGAAAUGCAGUUGAGGUAGUAGGUGCUGCUGUUGACCUAGAGAAUGCGGUUAGCCGUGCUUAUCUUACGUUCUUGGCAGGUGAUGGCGACUAUGUGAAAGGUGUGGUGUGUUUGGCUAAGGGUUUACGGAAGGUCAAAUCAGCUUAUCCGUUAGUGGUCGCUGUUUUGCCCGACGUGCCACAAGACCACCGUAACUUGCUUGUUAACCAAGGUUGUCUCAUUCGUGAGAUCGAGCCACUUUCCCCACCUGUUUGCGACAAGGAAAGCCCGUUUAUUAGGCCGUAUUUUGCUGUCAAUUACUGUAAGCUUCGUCUUUGGGAGUUUGUGGAGUACGAGAAGAUGAUAUACAUGGAUGCGGAUAUUCAAGUGUUUGAGAAUAUAGACAACCUGUUUGAUUUGCCGAGUGGAUGGUUAUACGCUGUGAUGGACUGCUUGUGUGAGAUGCGGGGCCCGCCUUGUGCACAAAAGAUCCGAUGGCCCAAAGAACUCGGACCGGAGCCCACCUUCUAUUUCAAUGGGGGCAUGUUCAUGUUCGAGCCGAACCUAAACACGUACGAUGAAUUACUACGAACUCUCGAUGUCACUCCUCCAACACCUUUUGCGGAGCAGGAUUUUCUGAACAUGUUCUUUAGGGAGGUGGCGAAGCCGCUACUUCCUAUAUACAAUAUGUUGGUGGCGAUGAUGUGGCGGCACCCGGAGAUGGUGGAUCUGGAUAAGGUCAAAGUGGUCCAUUAUUGUGUGGGAGGGUCGAAACCGUGGAGAUACACCGGAAAAGAAGAGAACAUGGAUCGAGCGGAUAUCAAGAUGUUGGUGGCGAGAUGGUGGGACAUAUUCAACGACGAGUCCCUGGAUUUCAAGAACCGGGGUGAUGGACUUGGUGAUGGUCGAAUAAUGGCGGCACCGGUGGCGGAGGCGGCGGAGGUGGUGGUUCUCUAUUCGUCGGUGUCGCCGGCUGCGUAGUUUGUUUCUUUGAUUUGUGUUUCGGGCAUGCAUCUAAGUCGUGUGUAAGAAUC